AUGACCGCAAUCCUUAAUAAUAGGGUCAACGCCGAACACAACCCCUUCAACAACUUCAGACCCGCUCCUACAGACGUGGACAUCGCUAUUCACGGAAUCCCUCUCUUUGACCUUAAGACAAAAGAGGACCUGAACGCCAAGUUCCCCGAGAUCUUCCUUCUCGCCUCCGGCAUCGCCCCAAUCGCAACCCGCUUCCUUCAUCCCAACGACACCGAACGCAACAGCAGGAAAACAUCUACCGUUGUAAUCACAGUCUCGGCAACCGACGCCGCCCUAAUCGGUCCCUCAAUCCGCAUCCUCUCCAGACCCCGCAAAUGCACAGUCAUGUGGUCCGCCUCCCCCAUCACACAAUGCAAGAAGUGCUAUAAAUUCGGACACCCUGAACAGGGCUGUAAACAAGAACACCACACUUGCCCCAUCUGCGCAAGAAACCACACCAAACAAGAACACACCUGCCCCGCCAACUGCAAUGGCCGCCGCUAUGAUAACCUCGGAUGCUGCGCAGCAGUACGCGCUAAAUGCGUAAACUGCGAUGGCGCCCAUGCCUCAACCUCCAACAACUGCCCAGCCCUUGCAGCCCUUAUUGAGAAUAAUAGACCCAAGAGACCAGCCGCACCAACCACCCCUGCCCCAGAUACCAACCAGUCAGUCACCGAAUCACCAGAAACACCCAUGCCGGAUGCCAACUCAGCUCCCCCAUCCACCCAAACGGCUUAA